AUGCUCCUCAGGUUGGACGGGGAGCUGAAGCCCCGGUGCCGCUUGGUCCUGGAGGAGGACGAGGGCUUCAGCGACUGGAGUCACAGGUUGGAGAAUCGUAACGAGCAGGAGGCGCAGGGCGUCUGUCGAGUGAGGGAGCGGACACCCAGCACCGCGCCACGCUGGAAACCAGGACCUGAAGAGGAGAAACAGGAUGAAGAGGAGGGACGAGGGCUGGAAGGAAGCAGUCGGCCCCAGGAAACUUCAACAAGACCUGCAGAGAAGAUUCCAUGCAGCAAAAAGGAAGUCAGGACUUCGUACAGCUCGUCAGUGUUUCUGCCGCAGGACGCCCGGCUGCAGCACGCCACCGGACAUCCGGCCGACAGGGCCUCCUACCUGGCUGCAGGGACCAUGAGGCCCCGGUGGGUUCUCCACUCACUGUCUCACAUCGGAGCGGCCUGCAGGGUGGAUGGGGAGGUGGAGCAGGAGGAGCUUAGGGAGGAAGAGGAGGAGGAGGAAGAUGUGAAGCCCGCUCUGCAGAAGGAGCGGAGGUCGGCAGACACCAGACAGAGCUACAGAGAUGAAGAAGAUCAGGAGGAAGAAGAGCUGAGCUUCACACAUAGAGAGAACGACGACCUUCACCUCAGGAGGGAGCAGAGAAACAGAGAGGAAGAGGAGGAGGAGGAAGAGGAGGAAGAGCACAAGACCCCAAACAAGGGUUCAGUGGAGAACACGAGGAGCGAGGAGGUGAACAGAAGAUCUGUGAGUUCUCUCUGCAGCGAAGGCGAGGAGCCGUUAAACUACGGCCCCAUGAGCCCGACUUUCAAGAAACUCCUCAUACAGUUUUACCCAGAUGAAAUCAACAGCAGAGUCUCUACUGAUGGGAAAUGCACAAUCAUCGAGAGAACUGAGUCUCUGAGGAGGAGCACCGGCAGCAUAAAGAAGACGUCGCCCCCUGUGGCUGUUUCCAAGAUCGACAAGAAACGGGAGCUGUACACACAAGCUCUGGAGCUCUCCUCGAAGGAAGGACGAUUCGGAGCUCAGCUUCUCACCGACCUGACGAGUCCGACCGAACCCGUCGCUGCCAAGAAGAACCUGUUUGAAGCCGGAGACGCCUGGAACCAGAACACCUCCGUCCCAGCCUCCAAGGAUGCGGAUGGUUUAAAAGUGGGCGUGGCUGAUCUCAUCAACCAGUGGGUGAGAGGAGGUGAAGAUGGGAGCAGGUGCAGCUCACCCUCCAAACCUGCAGAAAUAAAACCUGGAGGAAUUUCAAACAAGAAGAAUCUGUGGGAGAGCUUCGGUGACACAUUAUCUCCAGGACGGGACGGGAAGGAGAUCUCAUCUGGUAAAAAAUACAAAUUUGUGGUGACGAGUCACGGGAAGUACGAGAAGGUUUCUGUUGACGAAGAUGAGAACUGUCUGUCAGCUGGAGAGUUCUAUGAGGAUUUGUGAAACACAUGUUGGACUUUUUCUUGGAAGAAAAAAAAUAUCUUUUAGCGACUGUCACUUCAACGUUCUCCGUGUUUCAAGCUUCAGGUUGGAAAUUCUCUUAAAUCCUGUUGUGAUUCCAAACCACCUUUUACACUCAAGAUAUCAUUUUACAAGGUAGUGAAGCUAAAUCUCACUAUUCUCUGUUCGUACUGGACAUGUUUU